AUCCGAAACGACGACUCUGUGUCUCACCUUUCCACUAAUACACACAAAGAGAAAACACCAGACUAUAGACUUUUUGUAUUCAGAUGGCGGAGCAGCUCACGGAGGAGCAGAUCGCAGAGUUCAAGGAAGCCUUCAGCCUCUUCGACAAGGACGGCGAUGGCUGCAUCACUACCAAAGAGUUGGGGACAGUCAUGAGAUCUUUGGGCCAAAAUCCCACCGAAGCUGAACUGCAGGAUAUGAUCAAUGAAGUUGAUGCUGAUCAAAAUGGCACUAUUGAUUUCUCUGAGUUUCUGAAUUUGAUGGCACGGAAAAUGAAGGAUACUGAUUCUGAGGAGGAACUCAAAGAAGCUUUCAAGGUGUUUGAUAAGGAUCAGAAUGGCUUUAUUUCUGCUGCAGAGCUUCGACAUGUAAUGACAAAUCUCGGAGAAAAGCUGACGGAUGAAGAAGUGGAUGAGAUGAUACGAGAAGCAGAUAUGGACGGUGAUGGUCAGGUGAAUUAUGAGGAGUUUGUGAGGAUGAUGCUUGCAAAGUGAUCUUUGGAGUUGUUUUCUUGUAAACAAUGUAGGGACACGAGAUACAAGUAGUUGAUGUAGAAGCAGUGGUAGUAUCUCAUGUAAGACUGUUGUUUUAUCCAUAAAUUAGUCAUUGGCACUAGUGUGGAUUUGUAAACUGAUGCUUGUUUUGUCUUUUUUUAUACAAUCCAAUUGAUUCAA